AUGUCGUUGCGUCCUCUCGGAUAUCAAUGCAGCCUAUCCUAUGCACAAUUCUUCCGCAAUGGACCGCAAACAAGACAUAAUAUAACACAACGCCUAAGAUCCUUUUCUCAAUUGCGCGACACCCAUUGCACACAUCGCUGGUCUGCGACAAUUCCACACCAUGCCAACAAAGCUUCGUUUUCGCUACGGAGCUUGCUCAGUGAUCUCUUGAGGCCUGCACGCACUCUCCGGGCUCAUGGCAAGGGAUCGUGGACUCAACAAUGUCGUCACGAAACUUCUGCGGCCAAAGAACCAGAGCUCUGCGCGCACUGCGGUGGAAAAACUAUCCCCAAGGCCAGAAGACAUGUCGAACCUGGCAACUAUUCCAGUGGCUGGCACUGCAAAUCGUGUGUUCGGAACGCCCGUAUUCACGGCCAUCUACCAAAUGAGGAGCAGCUUGCAGCGAUCAAUCAGCGGAAACUGGCCAGGGCGAGUGGAGAGGCAAGCAGAAUAAGUCCAUGCAGGCACUGCGGGGAGAUGACUGCCCCGAGGAGUAGCCGUAAAUUUAUUGAUACGAAUAACCCUUCUGCUGGGUUCCAUUGCCGGACAUGCGUUCGGCAUGUCAAUCAUCACGGUAACCUUCCAACCGAGCAAGAUCUCGCAGCGUUCAAGUACCGCAAACAGAUACGGAGUAGGCGUGAUCAUACUGUCGCCUCAAAACAUAAUGCAUCAGACGUUUCGAAGAGAGAACCCAUGCCCCGCCCCCCUUCCAGGUCCCCCAGCAAUUCCGAAUCUCCCAAACAGAUGAAACAGAGCCGCGGUGAAUAUCCCUGUGUGCACUGUGGUGACAAAACCACCUCCAGCAGCAAACGUAGGCUCGUUGAAGCCCAAAAUCCCGCGGCAGGUUACUAUUGCCAGCCAUGCACACGCUCCCUACUCGAAACAGACGCCCUGCCCAGCACCGUCAAAAUUGCAGCGCUUAAAAAGCUCAGAGCGACUCGUACGCAAAGCAAUCCCCGAGUCUUGAAAAGCCCCUGUGUCCACUGCGGUGAGAUCACCGCCCCCAGCAGCAAGCGCCGACUCGUUGAGUCGAAGAACACUCAAUCCGGUUAUUAUUGCCGCGCCUGUGCGGACUGUUUAGUCCAAACCAAUUCCUUACCCAGCGAGAUACGCCUCGCAGUUCGCAGAGCGCGAGAGCAGGUCAGGCUGAAAAACUUGCGGGCCAGUCUAUCUAAAGAGUCGCAGUCCCACGGAGAAGCUACACCAACAGAUACGCCCACCGAUAAUACCGCGAAAGCUUAUGCGCACUGCAAAAUCGACAAAAACAUGCCGGGCCCCUGA